GUUAACACUUCAGCAGAAUUUGUUGAACGACGAAAGUGAAUUUUUAUAACAGCGACCUGCGAUCCAAUGACAAGGAAGAUUUAAAUUUUCUGAUAUUGAAAAACAAUUUUCUUAUCUUAAAAAAUAAAUCUUCUUUCAAAGUGAAUUGCAAAAAGUGUGUCGAAGAAAUAUUGUGUAAAAGAAGAAUAAACUAAUGUAAAAUAACUGGAAAUUUUAAACGCAGUUACAGAAACAAUUGUAUGAACUGUUUUUCGUCUCAGGUACGGGAAUCAUAAAAAAAUUCUUAUUCGAUUGUGUACAUCCUGUGUAUCCUGUUAAAAAAAAACUGAAGUAUUUUGCAGAAAAAAGUGAUUAGUUCGCCCUUUUGUGUGUUGUCAUUGCCAACGAUUAAGCGUUCGCAGGCGAACAACAAUAAAACAAACUGUAAAGUACAAUAACUGUUAGAGAGUAAAGACUUCCUUGGCGAUUUGUGGACGAAGCAACAAGGCUGGAUUCCUAAAUUGCCAUUGUGAGGCCCUAAACGUACGACAUUGCGGCUUUUAAAAACUCCACCUUAAAGCACAUUUUGAGUACAAUUAGCUAACGGGUUUCUAAGCACCUGCUAUAACAGUACAAUUUGUGUGUGACAUACAUACAUACCCAAAAAUAUCUACACACAUACAACUCAGGCAAAGUUUGGGAAGCGUUAAACCUCUUCUAUUAGCAGAAAUGGAGGCCGAAACCACUCAGCAAAAUGGUAAUACGAGCUCACGCGAAAGCUCCAUCGAGCGUGAGCUUAACGAAGAUGUGCAGCAGGCUGUGCUAAACGGCUCUUCUGGGUCGCCGAAAGUUACGAAUGGGCACAUGAAGAAGCCGUUGCCUGUAGGUGAUGGCCAUGAUCGCAUCAAGCGCAGGGCCAGACGUCUUAUACACCGACAAAAUAGUCGUGGCGAAACAAAUGGCGCUACCGGUUCAGCUAUAGCUGUUAUGAAUGGAACUGCUGGCGGCUAUGUGGUGCCACAUCGUCGUUGGAAGAAUAGUCGACGUUCGCGCAACGGCCAUGGUCGUGGUUUGCCGAAGAAGGGUGGCGCCGGUGGUAAAGGCGUUUGGGGUCUGUUCGGUUCCGAAUUGUGUGAUGUGAUUGUUGAGGAUGAGAAUGAUCCCAACUACGAUAGCGAAUAUAAUGACAGGAACAUCGAGCUGCGCGAGGUUAUUCCUGAGAUGACUCCGGAAGAAUUCUUCAAAAAAGCUGAACCUAUUAUAUUGGAGUAUUAUGAGCACGGCGGUACCGAUGAGGUGGCGGUAAGUUUUGAUGAAAUACUUACUGGGCCGUUGCGACCAUAUGUGACAAGCGUUGUGGUAGAGAUAUCAAUGGAUCAUAAGGAUUCACAGCGUGAAAUGACUUCGGUAUUAAUUUCCGAUUUGUAUGGACGCGUGAUAACCGGCAAAGAUAUCGAAAAAGGGUUCGAAAUUUUGCUGAAUAAUUUGCCUGACUUGACACUGGAUACGCCAGACGCGCCUACCAUACUAGGCAAUUUUCUCGCACGUGCUGUCGCCGAUGACUGCCUCCCACCCAAAUUCGUCACAAAGCCGACUGAUCUCGAUGCGCAGAGUCAACAAGCUGCCGCAGCUAUACGUCGGGCUGACACCCUACUGCACAUGAAGCAGGGAUGGGCUCAUUUGGACAAUGUUUGGGGCAUGGGCGGGCCGUUGCGACCAGUCAAGACCAUUACCAAGGAGAUGACUUUGCUAUUGAAGGAGUAUUUGUCAUCGCGUGACAUACAAGAGGCACAUCGCUGUCUACGCGCACUCGAAGUACCACAUUUCCAUCAUGAAUUGGUGUAUGAAGCCAUUGUCAUGACACUUGAAUCCCUCAGCCAUACAACUGAGGAAGCCAUGUGUGAGCUACUCAAGUCAUUGGAUCAGGCAUGCUUGGUGUUACCAGCCGGCAUGGAACAGGGCUUCCUGCGCGUAUUUGACGACAUGGCUGACAUUGUCUUGGAUGUGCCUCUUGCAUAUAUAAUAUUGGAUCGCCUUGUAGAGCGGUGCAAUCGUGCUGGUUUUAUAACUGAUAAGAUUUUAUGUAAUAUGCCCUCUAGAGGACGUAAACGAUUUGUCUCCGAAGGAGACGGUGGCCAUAUUAAGCCACAAACUAUUCCGCUACGCGACUAGUGGAGUACGUGGCUAUUAACUAUAACUAAAGCAACAUACACAACAACAACAAAAACCAGAAUCCGAACUUUUUAACCACAAAAUAAAUGCAUUCUUUCUACAAAUCAACCGACAAAUAUUAAAAAACAAAAUUAAAAAAAAAAAAUUUAAAACAAAAAGAAGUAUUAAAAAACGUAAAAAAAAAUAAUAAAAUAAAUAAAAAAUUAAAAAAAAAAGAAAAAAACUCUUACAACUAUAACCGACAACAAAAGUAAUAAUAAAUCAAAUAGUAUUAUCAUCCACUGCUCUAAUAAAACCGAGUAAGAACUGUGAGGAUAAAACGAUACCGACCAGCAACAAACAAAUCAGUGAAUGCUACAAAUUUGAACUACUUCAUAUGACACACAUUUUUUCCACACCCACACGCACACACACACGGACAGCAGGCGUAUAAUAAAUCGCAAGAAAAUCAAUCAACGAAGGAGUAAAAAACACUGGAAAGCAAAUUUUGUAAAAAAGUAAUAUAAUUGACAACAACAAAACAGGAACAAGUAAAGAAUGCGCAGCAUUCCCACACGCGCCACCACACAAACCUAAAAAUAAAAAUGUAUUGACACCUUCAGUAGUUUUGCUCCAGUUUUUGAGGAAGAUGUAUGAAAAUUAUAUAUAACUAUUUUUAGUGGCCUCGCUAGUAAAUUUGUAUGUAAUUGGAGCAAGAGAAACAAAACAAAAACCAAUAUGUAACGCAAAUAUGUAACUGUACUACUCGAAAAGAGCACACACACUGCAUAGCCUACCAGCAACAACAGCAAAACUAUUAGUAAAACUUAGCAAUCAGUAAAGCUUAGAAUCAACCCAACACUCACUUUUCCGCUAUCAUUUAAAGCCUGCUUAUUGUAAUUCCCUUUUUUAUUAAUUGACACUAAAUGUAAUAUUUUUUAAGUCUUCAUUGGUAUGAUUUAGAUUUUCGCAAAUUUAUUAUACGCGCUUAAUGGAGUUGUUUUUUUUUUUUACUUAAAAAACUUUUGUAAAAAAAAAACAAUAACCAAAAAAUUGCCAUUCCUAACAAUAGAAAUUAAUUGAACCACAUAAAAACAAUAGAAGAUGCAAAAUAAAAAAAAAAUACACAACACAAGAAACUAAAUGAGUAUUGCAGUAGUUUUUUUUCCUCAGAUUUUCCGCGUUGUUUGUGAGUCGACGACGAAAUUGCAAGAAAUUGCAAAUUUGUGUAGUAAAAAUGAAAAAUUGCAAUCUUCUUGAAAAAUGUAAACGUUUUUGCAAACGUACGUUAAAUUGGCAAACAAAAAAUAACAUUCAAAAAACGAAAAAACAAAACACAAAAGAAAAACCAUCAGAAUAUUGUAAAAACAAAAUUGGUGACACAAAGAAACGAAAAAAUGCUUGUAAUUAAUUUGGCGCUAAUAAGUGGUCACAUACACAUUUUCGCACUUUUAAAUGCAUAGCAAGAAACAAAAAAAAAAAAACAACAAACGAAAAAUUUACUCAAACCAAGUAGUAGCGUUGCAAAAUCACCAAAAGCAGCAAAGCGGCUAUGGUUUUUAUGUAAGCAAAGUUGUAUUUUGUGUAAAGAAUGAAUUAUAUAUGUAAGAGAAGAAGGGUAUAAUAUAUACAUACAUAUUUUCUCAAAAGCGAAAAAUGCAUGCGCACAAAAGUAGAGAACCGAAGAACCAGCCAGUUUUGUUGGUUGGUUUUUUAGCAGCGGAGCAGCAGCAGCUUAAAUACUUUUAACUGCUGCGCGCAUAUUUACAAAUUUACAUACAUUUGGUGUUAGUACCUAGAGUGGGUUGAAAAUAAAGAAGAGAAAGAAGAAGAAAGUCAAGAAUUUGCGUUAUUUCGAUUAUCAACAAUUUCAAUACCAUGUAAAAUUAACUACUUUUUAGAAAUACUACAUUUACGAGUAUAUUGUAAGAAGAAUGCUUUCUCAAAAAUUGUAUUCGCGUUUUUGUUUUUUUUUUGUGUACUAAAACUAAGGAAAAUUGUAAACUUUUGAAGCAAUUACGUUUAAGUGUUAAUAAUGUGACAAAUUGCAUGCAUUCAAAAAACAAGAGAAAAUUUAUCGCAUGCGAAUAUUUAGUGAGCAUUUAACAAAGAGUCGCAUAAUUUCUCUCUCAUGAAAAUCACUCGUUACAUACUUUAAGGCAAAAGUUCAGUGUGAAGUAAAAAUGUAACUCACCUGUUAUGAUGCUAUGUGGUGGAGCACAUUUUAAUGAAGCAAGUCACUAGAGCGAAAAAUUGCAAAAAGAAAAAAUUGUACUCAGUGAGUGGCAAUCAGAUGAAUUGUGGCAAAGAUAGAAAAGAGCGCAGGUGCGCAAGAGCGAAAUUUGAAUGUUGCAUGAAAUAGAUGGGUUCAAAUAUGUGCUUGCAUGCAUUUAUAUGUUUGUAAUUACGCCAUGAAAAGGCGAUUUCCUUUGUUCAAUUUUUUGCUAUCAAAUUUAUUAAGGGCACAGAUACCUGUAACAUUUCGAAAAAAAAAAAAAAUGUUUU